AUGACGAGCCUCAAGAGAUCGCUCGCCGCGGACCCGUACGCCUCCAAUAUAUCGAGCAAGGUCUACGUGCGCAGUACGAAGAGCGGGAAGGUCCAGAAGAUCGUGCGCGAGCUGUACCUGCGGCAAGAUAUCCCAUGCUCGUCGAAGCUCUGUACGAGCUGCUUGGAGACGGCACCUAGAGAUGCUGGCGGAAAUCUAACGCCCUUUGUGCUCUCCGAGAAGCCAGCCGGCACAACUGUCUACAAGCAGGGCCACUACCUCGUGCCCGACACCAACGCCCUGCUCAACGCCCUCGACCUCUUCGAGCAGAAAUCCGCCUUCUACGACGUCAUUAUCCUGCAGACCGUCCUCGAAGAACUGCGGAACCGGUCCCUGCCGCUCUACAACCGCCUGAUCGGGCUCACGAAGAGCGAAGAGAAGCGCUUCUACGUGUUCUUCAACGAUUUCCGGCUCGAGACAUACGUCGUCCGCAAUGUGGGGGAGAGUAUCAACGACCGGAAUGACCGCGCCGUGAGGAGGGCGGUCAAGUGGUACGCGGAGCACCUGGCGCAGGCUGUGAAGGCGGCGGGGGGCAGCAGCAAGAGAGUCCCUGCGGUGGUGAUGCUGAGCGACGACAAGGAGAAUCUGAAGAAGGCGAAGAAGGAUGGGGUGCUGGCUUGCUCGCUGAGUGCGUACGUGGAGGGAUUGGAGAAUGCGGAUCACUUGCUGGAUAUGAUUUCUGUGGUCAAGGAGGGUCGGGAGAUCAGAGAUGCGAAGAAGACGGAGAGUAUUUAUGACGAGUACUUCUCGGUGUCGAAGAUGUUGACGGGAGUAAAGAAAGGGACCCUGCAUCAGGGUAUCUUCAAUGUCUCGCCGUACAACUAUCUGGAGGGCUCGAUACACGUCCCGGCGUUCGAUAAAUCCCUUCUGGUGCUAGGGAGGGAGAAUAUCAAUCGUGCUGUUCAGGGUGAUGUGGUGGUUGUGGAGGUUUUACCGAAGGAUCAGUGGAAGGAGCCCUCGACGAAGAUCAUUGAAGAGGAGACGAUUGGCAAGGAUGAUAACGCUGAUGGGGAGGGGGGGAAUGGUGUGAUUUCGGAAAGGGAGCGGAGGGCAUUGCAGGAGGAGGUGAAGAAAACGCACAGCAAGACCUCUGAAGGACGAGCACAGCCUACAGCAAAGGUGGUUGGGGUGGUUAAGAGGAACUGGAGACAAUAUGUUGGGCACGUGGACGAGUCUUCGGUCAGUCAGUCGAUCAAGCAGAGCCGGAAACAGCAGACUGUAUUCUUGAUUCCUAUGGACAAGAGGAUACCCAAGAUCCGGGUCAGGACCAGACAAGCCGGUGAGAUCGUCGGCAAGCGUGUUUUGGUCACAAUCGACUCCUGGGACCGAGACUCGAGAUAUCCUAUUGGUCAUUUUGUUCGGUCACUGGGAGAGUUGGAGACUAAAGGAGCAGAGACUGAGGCUCUGUUGCUGGAAUACGACGUUCAAUAUCGACCUUUUCCGAAGACCGUCUUGGACUGUCUACCGAAGGAAGGCCAUGACUGGAUUGUACCGCCCAGUACCGACGAUCCCGGCUGGAAGGACCGACGAGAUCUUAGAGGCUUACAGAUAUGCAGUAUCGAUCCCAUCGGAUGUCAAGAUAUCGAUGAUGCGCUGCAUGCUAGGCCAUUGCCGAACGGCAACUUCGAGGUUGGAGUACAUAUUGCAGAUGUCUCUCAUUUCGUCAAGCCCAACAAUGCCAUGGACGCAGAAGCCAGCAUUCGAGGAACUACGGUCUACUUGGUCGACAAGCGUAUUGAUAUGUUGCCCAUGUUACUUGGAACAGAUCUCUGCUCUCUAAAGCCAUAUGUGGAACGCUAUGCUUUCUCGGCUAUCUGGGAAAUCACCCCUGAUGCGGAGAUAGUCAAAUCUGAUUUUACAAAGUCAGUUAUCAAGUCACGAGAAGCAUUCAGUUACGAGGAAGCUCAGCUCCGGAUCGACAACCCUGCGAAUAAUGAUGAGCUUACAACAAAUAUUCGAACCCUCCUCAUGCUCUCCAAGAAGUUCAAGCAAAAGCGUAUGGAUGCAGGUGCUCUCAGUCUUUCCUCCCCGGAAGUCAGAGUCGAAACCGAAUCCGAGACGUCAGAUCCCAUCGACAUCAAGACCAAGAAGCACCUUGACACCAUGUCCCUGGUCGAAGAGUUCAUGUUACUUGCCAACACCAGCGUAGCUGCCAAGAUCUAUUCCGCCUUCCCCCAAACCGCCAUGCUCCGCCGUCACGGUGCUCCUCCAAAGACCAACUUUGAAGAACUGGGCAACCAGCUCAAGGUGAAGCGUGGUUUAGAAUUGCGCACUUCCUCUUCAAAGGAGCUUGCGGACUCUUUGGAUGGGUGCGUGGACCCAAACGAGCCCUUCUUCAACACCCUCGUCCGUAUCAUGGCAACCCGCUGCAUGAUGUCGGCCGAAUACUUUUGCUCCGGUACACAGGCAUACCCCGAGUUCACGCAUUACGGCCUCGCUUCCGAGAUCUACACGCAUUUCACGUCUCCCAUCCGUCGAUAUGCCGAUCUCGUCGCCCACAGACAACUCGCAGCAGCCAUCGAUUACGAGCCCCUCGACGCAAGCGUCCGUAGCAAAGGCAAGCUUGAAGCCGUCUGCAAGAAUAUCAACGUCCGCCACCGCAACGCGCAACAAGCUGGCCGUGCCUCCAUCGAGUACUACGUCGGUCAGGCCCUCAAGGGCCGCAUCGUGGAAGAGGAAGGCUUCGUGAUGAAGGUCUUCUCCAACGGUUUCGUGGUGUUCGUUCCGCGGUUCGGUAUCGAGAGCCUGAUCCGCCUGAGGGAUCUGGCGGAUACGGAGCCCGAGAGCACGUUUGAUGCCGAGGAGUAUGUGCUGAAGACGAGCGGGAGUCGGGAGGUUGAGGUUGAGCUCUUUGCGAAGGUCGUUGUGCGGAUCAGCGAUGUGAAGGAGGAGAGCACUGGGAAGAGGAAGGUCAAGCUGGAGUUGGUCAAGACGGGUGGGAAGUAG